AUGACGUCCCAGAGGAGGGCGUCUAACCGACCCCCUCCCCGCAAAGUCCAUGACUUAACCGUCGACUCGGACGACUCGGACGACUCGGACGACUCGGACGACUCAGUCAUCCCUUUACAGCCAACCCAGAAGAACAACAAGCGCAAGCGCCUUGAUUCUGAAGAGGAUGAAGUGGAUGAAGAGGUGCCCGACCUUGAGGAAGAAGAGUAUGAGAUCGACUACAUCGUCGAUAGCCGCUGGCGUACAUACGGGAAGACGCCCCUCUUCGAGUUCCUCAUACACUGGAAAGGGUAUCCCGUCGAGGAGCGUUCAUGGACACGCGCAGAUCAGUUCGAGGACGACGAUCCUCCGGUCACUGCAUUCUACCAGAAGCAUCCCCGUAAGCCAAACCGAAAGCAACGUACAAUCUUUAGCCUCAUGAACGGCGGCGGGAAGUCGUCGCCCGCCAAACCCGCGGCGACCAAGCUCUCCCGCAAGAGCAUGCAGUCCAAGCUCAGGGCGCCCUCCAAGAGCACACCAUCCAAUCCCAAGCUGUCCAGCAAAAGUACGGCGUUCAAGAAGGCCUUCUCGCAGAGCGCGCCGCUCAAGAAGAAAGCUGCCAUCGCUUACCGGUCCGACAGUUCCGAGAAGGAGAAUCGGAGUGUCGCGUCUCGGUCGCCGAACCCAGAGUCGGACAGUGAUUUCUUCGCUUCCGAGGAUGAUUCCGGAGACGAUGACUUUGAGUCCGAUCCGGAGGAGCCCGAGAUGGACCCGGCUCCUGAGGAUGAUGGCGACGUCGUUGACGACAAGUCAGCCCCAUGGACUAAGAGUGGAGGGUGGGGAGUCAAGGUCAAAGGCCCAAAGAAGGCGGCCGUCAAGCUUGGAACCGAGUCGCCAUUGCUUGCCCUUGGCAUGAUCGCCAAGUCGGUCAAGCAGCAGCAUGGCGUGACUCUUGGCUUCGAGCACGUCUUCUCGUGCGAGAUCGAACCCUUCAAGCAGGCAUAUAUUGAACGCAACUUUGCCCCUCCCGUUCUGUUCCGUGAUGUCACGGAACUGGGGCGGGAGAGAGCACAUACUGCCUACGGCUCUCUCAAAAGGGUCCCAGGGAACAUUGACAUCCUCAUUGCCGGCACCUCGUGUGUCGACUACUCCGGCCUCAACAACGAGAAGCAGGACAUUGACGCCAACGGCGAAUCCGGACGCACCUUCCGGGGGAUGAUCCAGUGGGUGAAGAAGCAUCAACCUCCCAUUGUCAUUUUGGAGAACGUCUGCAGUGCCCCGUGGGACAAGGUUGUCGAGUAUUUUGCUGAGAUCAACUACGACGCCAACUACGCUCGCAUGGAUACCAAGGAGUACUAUAUCCCUCAUACCCGUACGCGCAUCUACUUGAUGGCUACACCCAUCACAAACUCUGGGCCCAAGCACCUCCCUGAGAAGUGGAUAGAGACGGUAAAGGACCUGAAGCGCCCAUGGUCGUCGCCUUUCGAGGCGUUCCUCCUUCCCACAGACGACGUUCAUAUUCAUCGCGCCCGCCUUGAUCUGGCAGCCGAGCGUUUCUACAAGGACGGCACGUCGCGCAAGCCCACAGACUGGGGACGAUGCGAAUCGCGCCAUGCCCGCGCUCGUAACGACGAGGAGUUGGGAGUUCUCCGCCCGCUCACGGCUUGGAAGGAAGCUGGCGUGUGCAAGGGGCUCGACUGGACCUGGAACGACUGGCUGCUGGCCCAGACGGAACGCGUCGUUGAUCUUCUGGAUAUCUCGACGCUCCGAGUCGCAAAAGAGGGCAUUGACUCAGGGUUCAAGGCGAUCAUUUGGAACGUCAGCCAAAACGUCGACCGACAGGCAGGUUAUUCGAAGACGGCGCUUGCCCCAUGCCUAACUCCCAACAUGAUCCCAUGGGUCACCAAUCGCGGUGGCCCAGUCACUGGCCGAGAAGCGCUUGCUCUUCAAGGUAUCCCCGUUCGCGAGCUUCUCCUCACCAGCGAGACCGAGGACCAGCUCGCCGACCUUGCCGGCAACGCCAUGACGACAACAGUUGUCGGCGCGUCCAUGCUGGCGGCUUUGCACGUCGCACUCAAAACCAUUCCCGAGGGGGAGGAUGCCAUGCAGAGCGCCGAGGAGCAGCGGUCCAUUGAAGCGUCGCACGCUGCCUAUGCUGAUGGGGUCGUCGGCGACGAGGCCCUGGUGUCACAUCGGCUUGAUCUCGCCAAAGUGUCGACUGCGCAUGUCGCAGAGGUUUUGCGACUGGCUGCGCUCAGCUCGCGUCAUUGCGUCUGCGAGGGUCAGUCUGGAACCGCGGAGAAGGCCAUCCUCCAGUGCCAAGCGUGCGGCUAUCGCUCCUGCACCGGCUGCGGCGGCCGACCUGAACAUGUUUACCAGCCGUGCGACACCUUGCGUCUCGAGCCUUCGUCUUUUGAGCUCGAGUUCAAGGAGCUCCUGCCGAUGCGUGUCCAGAUUGCUGGUAUCAACGCGUCGUCCCUAAACGCGCUACGCGUCAAAGCUGAGGCCAAAGGAAAAGGCGAAGCGAAGCAGUCUGACUGGGAUCUCUGGAGCGAUGCCGUACUGCGUGCAGUCGACGGCGCAGAAUUCCGCUUCCGCUACCUGAAAAGGCAGACCACUUGGACUGCCGUGUACGAGGCAUCGUCCGCCACCCUCGAAUGUUGGCUGAGUAACCCAUCCCCCGAGUGGCGCCUCACUGUCAAGGCGCCUCCAUCCGAGGCCGUCAACAGCCGCCUGCGGUCCCUCCUCCGUCAUCCAGUCGCUCGUAUGCGCCUCGACAUAUCGGGCAAGGACAUGUUGAGCGGUCAGUGGGAGUUGUGCAUGCCUACACAGCAGACCUUCACUGUAAAGAUGAGUGGUGGCGGCGGCCUUGUCCCUACCUGGGAGGCGGCUCUGGGUCUUCAGGGAGAGUUCGCUGGCAAGACGCGCUGGAGCGAGCUCACCUUCGACGUUCCUCCAGAAGCCACUCGCGCCCUGGACCGUGGCAUCUCGGGCACGUACUCGCUACUUGCCUCAUGUGGCCAAGCCCAGAGCUCUUUGCAUGUCAAAGAAUCCAGUGACCCAGACCUGCCGCCGCUGUACUUCUUUCUCGAUGCCACCCGCUGCGGCAACGCCAAGGAUGACAGAUACGUCUUCUCGACCUCGAUUGAGCGUCUCGACUACACUAUGGAGCGCGACGUGAUUGCAUCAAUCUCCCCUCAAUGGCGCGAAUCCGAAAAGCCUUCCGAGUUGAUCAAGAUGACCGUGGACGGCGGAUGGGUUGGCUGCUCGGCGGCUCGCCUUACCGCCAUCGGUGGCGGCGACAUUGUGGUUGAUGACGAGGCUGCGCACCGCGAUGCGGCGACGUACUCGAUCCCGGCUUCUCCACGAGCGGUGUCCUCGGCCACUGACUCGUGCGAGCACUCGGUCGCAAUUUUAUCCGUCAACGUGCCACUGAAGCCGGACAGGGUAGAGGCCAUGUGGCAGUCAGAAGAGUGGACGCAGGUCGACUUACUCCAUCACGGCAAUGCGACUUUUGCCAACCUCGCGUGGAUUACAGAGCGCCUCCCAUCCCUCAACAAUCUUACGUCUUGGAAUCGUCUCAAGGACGUAGAUAUAGCCGGGUCCGAGUGCCCCACAUGCGCUCCUCGGCCCCCCACGAUCCACUGGAUUAAGCAAACUGGAAAAAUGGCCAAGAAUGGACGUAAAACCAAGGCGAACAUCACUGCAUUCGAGGACCCUCUGGAGGCAGCUCAGUAUGAGAUGGCCCUUAAGAAUCGCCCAUCACCCUUCGAUGUGCAGUUGCGCCACGUCGACGAGGUCGGGUCCUUUCGCAUUGGCCUGAACAUUGUUUCCCUAGCCCACCGCGCUCUCUCUCGACUGCCCCGCAGCGAUGCCAAGGGCAAGGUGAGACUCUCGUGGCGUCUGACCCCUGGGCAAGUCGCCGACGUACCGGAGAAGCCGCGAGUCUUCUCAAUGCCGUCCAACAAACGCGACCCAGAGCAUUCGCAGCCUAGGGACUUUGAGCUGCCAUUGCGGCCGGAGCAGCUUCGCUCCUUGUGGUGGAUGCUUGAACAAGAGCGGGCAGAGGGAAAGACCCACACCUUUGUCGAAGAGGAGAUCUCAGAGGCGCUGCUACCAUCGCUGGGCUGGCGGGCCGAAGGCAAGGCAGAACGUCCUGUCAUGGUCCGGGGUGGUGUCAUUGCCGACGAAGUUGGCUAUGGAAAGACAAUCAUCUCGCUAGCCUUGGCGGCCGAGACCAUGGAUGAUCCGGCCCCUGAACCGGCACCAGACAAUCUGAUCGACCUCAAGGCGACGCUCAUCAUCGUCCCCGGUCACUUGAGCAAACAGUGGCCGAGUGAAAUCGAACGAUUCACUGGAGAUCUCUUCAACGUCGUCGUGAUCCAGAACAUGAAGGGCCUCCAGGCAAAGAGCAUCGGAGAGCUCCGCAAAGCCGACCUCAUUGUCAUCGCGACCGAGGUCUUUGAAGCCGAGACGUACUGGGAGCGCUUCGAGUAUCUUUCCGCCCAGCCCCAGGAGUGGCUGCACGACGGGAACGGAGGCCGAUUCUUCGUGGAUCGACUGGAUUCGGCCCUCCAAACUCUGCAAGACCAAACAGCCAUCCUCCAGAACGAAGGGGCAUCCGAGGCCCAUCACAAUAUGCAAGAGCUCCAUCGAGCAGCGGAGGAGGAGGUAGAGCGCAAGAAGGAGCAGAUGAAGGCCGCAAACUUUGGAAAGCGCCUCAAGGGUGCGCAAUACCGCGACAAGUACGACGAUCUGCCGGUGAAGAACAAAGCCAAGAAGUCUGCAGGCACCGACAGUUGGGAGGCCGACAAUGACGACGACGAUGAACUCGACAGUUCCAUGCCAAAGCCGACAUUCCGCCAAGCCAGUGGGCUCGAGUCGCUCAACAGCUCAUCCAUCAAGAAGGACUUCAAUUUGUUGAGGAGUCCCGUCCUCCACAUGUUCCGAUUUCGUCGCGUUAUCGCUGACGAGUUCACGUACCUGAAGGAACGCGCUCUCCCUGCCAUCCUUCGCCUGCAGUCUUGCUUCAAAUGGGUACUCUCGGGUACUCCUCCUGUCCAGGACUUCCCAUCCAUUCGCAGCGUGGCAUCAUUUAUGGGCAUCCAUCUUGGCGUCCCAGACGACACAGAAGGAGGCCUGGCGCACCAGAAGGCCCGCGCCAAGGAGCAGACUGCGGCUGAACGGUUCCACGCCUUCCGUGAGACACACUCUGCUGCGUGGCACAGGCGGCGUGAUGAUCUUGCGCAAGAAUUCCUCAACACGUUUGUUCGACAGAACAUUGCAGAGAUUGACGACAUUCCGACUGUGGAGCACAUUCACACGUUCAAACUGCCCGCUUCUGAGGGCGCAAUCUACUUGGAGUUAGAACACCAUCUCCAGGCGCUCGAGAUGCAGGCGCGCAAGGAGACAAAGCUCAAGGAUGUUACCAAGGGUGACCGCAACGCUCGUCUUGAAGAAGCUCUCUCCGACUCCAAGACCGCCGAGGAGGCCCUUCUGAAGCGAUGUUGCCACUUCACCCUCGACCUGACAGACAAGAAGCGUGACGCCAAGUCCGCCCUCGAGGCAUGCGAUCACAUCUCGAACGCACGACGUCAACAACUGAUUGGGUGCGAGGAAGACCUCCGCCGCACCAUCAACCUUGCUGUCGGCAUGCAGGCAGCAAUCCGCAAGAAGGGCGGAUUCGAGAAGGGAGAGGCUCAGCCUUUCCGUGACUGGGUGGUCUCGUCGCGCGACAAGGUCAAGCACCACGGGGAUGCCGAGGCUGCAGAACGUCUCAUCAAGAUCCUGGACAAGUGCGGGUUCCAGUCGGACGUCAUUCCAGAUGCACCUGAGAACGGCAAGAUUCCCGCCAUCCCCGCCAAGGUCAAACUCGCCGAAUACAAGUGGGACCUCCGCGAGCAGACGCACCUGCUCCGUCGUUUGUCCAAGGAACUGGUCGCCCGUGUGCGCUCUCUUCGCUUCUUCGAGGUUGUGCGCAAGCUUCAACAGAAUGGCGACGAAGCGGCUGACGUUCUCAAGGCCUCGGCCUGCGGUCACCACCCACGCGGAGCAAACAAGGUGCCGAUGGCGGUUCUCUCCUGUUGUGGACACGUCGCCUGCCACAGGUGCAUGGUCAAGGACGUCAACAACCAGCGCUGUGUGAUGGGUGCCGACUGCCACGCUCCUGUCCGAAACACUAACAUUGUCAAGGUCUCGUCUCUAGGUACUGAAGGCGAGCUCUCAUCCGGCCGCUUCGGAGCCAAGCUCCUCCACCUCGUCAACCUUAUCAAGACGAUCCCGAAGAAGGAACGCAUCCUCGUCUUCUGCCAGUGGGAUGAUCUUGUGCCCAAGCUCUCCGAGGCCCUCUCCCACAGCGGCAUCACGCACGUGCAGCUCACAGGCGCUACCACAAAACGCUCCAACACGCUCGAAUCCUUCCAGAAAGGCGGCAAAGACGCUGCCCGCGUUAUGCUCCUCCAGAUGAACAAUUCGUCUGCAGCCGGUUCCAACCUCACGGUAGCAAACCAUGCCAUCUUCCUCGGGCCCCUCUACACGCCAACAUUGUACAACUACAGGUCUACCGAGACGCAGGCCAUCGGCCGUGUCCGCCGCUUUGGGCAGCUGCGCCACGUCCACGUUCACCGCAUGCUCGCGCAGGACACGAUCGACGAGACCAUCUUUAACGGUCGCCUAGAAGAGCUGUGCAGCAAGACAGACUACGCUACCUAUCCUCGCAAGGAAUAUGUACCAUGA